UCUUGCUUUAUGUUGAUCAAGUCUCCUGCGCAUGUCUUUUUGUACACAUAAAAAGGGCAAAUGUAACCUUAUGUAAUCAUCAAAAUAUUACGUGUAUGCAGAAAAUUAUUGUUCAUUAGGAUCUUAAUGCUAAAAGGACAGCUCCCAUUCGGCUUACCCCUUCAACCCAUUAUAAACUCAAGUGACGGCUUAUAUAUAUAAGUGUGUAUUCAUGAACUAUGAUAUGGAUCCAGAACAACGUGACUUGGAUUAAAGUGAUAUUGAAUCUGUGAGUUUUGGUAUGCAAACCACUCUGGAACUAUUUAAAUAUGUUAAACCCAGUUCAUUUUUGCUAACCUAUUGUAGUUGGCAAAUGUGUAAGUGUGUUUCUCGAAAUUUCUAUUAUGUUCUAUGAACGAUGUUACGACCGUUUUAUGUGUUUGUGACGUUCAGUCUAUAUUCUUACAUAGGAUAGCAGUGUAAAUUUAGAACAAGUGUGCAUUAAGUAUAUUUAUGACUGGUUUGGAAUCCAAGAAAUGUGUGCAUAAAUAACAUGGAAAGACUUUUCAACAAUUGUUUUACCCAGUCCUUGCAGUAUAUAGUUACAGAUGUACUUCACAAGUUAGAUGCAGCAACACAUUUAUCCCUUUGAAACAGAGCACACCAUAUUAUCAUUGUUUUACUGGGAGCAAUCGCUUAAAAUUUGCAUGUGCUGAUGUUCAUAACCUACAUAUCCGAUCCAGAAUCGUACACAAUAGCAAUAGAAUAUAUUUCUACGGAGCUGUUGGCAUGCAGGUUUUGUGCACAGUCAGCUAAAUAAUGAAUUUUUACUUUCUAACGCAAGACAAACUACAAUCAUUUUCCAAUCAGCUGAGAUGAGAAUAUGUCAUGGAACUCUCAAACAUAACUUUAACAAAAAGGAAGAAAAUUUCAUUUUGUAAACGACUUCUCGUUUCACCAAGAUUUUAUUUCGGGUGUGUUGUCUUCCAAGUAUUUAUUCUUGCUAUUUUUGUUACCAAAAAGAACACUAACAACGGUGACGUGAUGCUAGUUAUCAAAGAACGGAAAAUUCAAGAGGAGAUCUUUAAUAACACUGUGGAGAAUUGUUUAUUAUUCAAUACGUCAGAACCACAACCAAAGAUAGAAUGUCCAAUAAUUUCACCGUAUCUGAUUGGUCAUAAAAAGCCUGACAUCAGCGAUGAAUUUAGCUGGGAGGAUACUCUACAGAAGUACAGCUCUGUCAGGUGUGGUGGGCAUUUCCGUCCUUCAAACUGCAAAGCACGCCAAAAGGUGGCGCUGCUCAUUCCUUUUAGGAACAGAUACGUGCAUCUAAAAAUAUUUAUAAACCAUAUACACCCAUUUCUGAUGAGGCAGCAAUUAGAAUAUGGAAUUUAUAUCAUUGAUUUAGAUGACGAGAUACAGUUUAACAGAGGUCUCCUUCUAAAUGUGGCGUUUCUCGAGGCCAGUAAGGAAUAUGAUUACGAUUGUUAUAUUUUCCACGAUGUGGAUCUGCUUCCGGAAAACGAUUACAAUUUUUAUCGCUGUUCUGAUCUGCCACGUCAUAUGUCUGUAGCUGUAGACAAACACAACUACAAACUACCAUAUGUUGAAUUAUUUGGUGGGGUGUCAGCCAUGACGAAAGAUCAAAUAUUAUUUGUCAACGGAUUUUCCAACAAAUAUAGCGGAUGGGGAGGGGAAGAUGAUGACAUGUAUAACAGGCUUGAGUUUUAUCAUAUGACGGUCUUCAGAAGUAUGGAAGACAUCUCCAGAUACACAAUGCUUAAACAUGCUCAAAGUCCACCUAAUCCCAAUAGAUUUAAACUGAAGAGCACGGGGAUGAAACGGCUGAGGCAAGAUGGUGUCAAAAACUUGAAGUACAAAAUUAUGAAGAGGACAGAUUAUCCACUCUUUACAUACAUGAAAAUAACAUUGUGACCUCUUCCCAGACUUGUUCUAUUUGUGUUCCUCAGACUUGUUCUAUUUGUGUUCCUUUGUUUUUCAUGUUAAAGAUUAACAAACGAAAGCAAAAUCAAAAUGGGUAUUAAUAAAUCAAAAAUAAAAAAAAUGAA